GUUCAUUAGCCCGGGCUCGAAUACGGUGUGGUAGUUGUUCCGACUAACGAGUGAGAUUAUCGCCGAUUAUCGGGAAGAAGCUGAAUUGCAACGCACUGUUUGGAGGAAAUUAGCGCUAAAGUCGCGCUUCCGAUCCAGACCUAAGGAGACAACGACAACGUCUAUGAAGAUGAAUUCCACCGCAGCCUCCAUCCUGCUGGCCCUGGCUGUGGCAAUCCUCUGCCUGGCGCAUGUGAUAGAUUGUGGCGUUGUGGAUAGGGAGCCACGUGCCUACAAGCAGUACAGCAACGAACCUCCCCCAGCAAAGCGACCGUUCUGCAAUGCAUUCACCGGAUGUGGCAAGAAACGAUCCAGCGUAGUUCCCGUCACGCCAGUAAGCAUGAUUAGACACGCGCUCACGUCCGAACAGAACCGGCUCAAGGUUACGGAAGGAUUCGACCCCAACGAGGACUCGUUGGCCAACCUGAUCGAUCUGAACACGGAACCCGCCGUCGAGGACCUCAUGAGGCAAAUCAUGUCCGAAGCAAAACUGUGGGAAGCCAUCCAGGAAGCCAACCGAGAGAUCUUUCUGCAGAAACAGAACCACAAGUCGGGCGGAGAUGAGGUCCCGAUCUCGUUCAGCACGCAGUAAACAAUCGUUUCCCGAUAUUAGAUUUAUUAUUCCGUUUGGGUAGUCACAUGCGUGACAAUUAAUAUUACAUUCCUUUGAUUGGAACUAGCUUGAAAUACGACGAUGGGAAACGGUUGCUGUCCUAAAAAAUCAUCCUUGCUCCAAUGAAAAUCCUGUUGCCAAAGAUUACCGCUACCUACUAUUUAUAAUAAUGUGUCUAUUUUUCGCUUUAGAAUCGUGGAACAUUUUUAACAUUAAGAUUUCUCUGUAAAUAGUGCUCUGAUGAAAAACGAAGUUUCAUAAAUUUCCAAUUGUCAUUCACUUGAGAUUGUUGCAAUAAAAUUUGAAUAUUAACAGUGUAAAA